AUGUCAAGCAACAAUCCAGUUACUCCAAUUGAAAGAUACUUUGAAAGUACCAUGCAAGUGAAAGAUCGUAAGGGGAAAGGGGUUGCUGCAAGUGAAGAGCAACUGGAUAGUAAAAGCCGCCCAUAUUUCUUUGUUUCGAAGAGGAAUAAUAAAUCCGGAAACCCAACCUCAAGAAAUGUUUAUCAAAUCCCACAGAAUGUUAUAAGAGACUUUUUGCAAUCAGGUCUAAGUCGUAUUCAGGUUGUUGAUUCUGAUGGUGGAGAAAGAUGGCGUGGCCAAGACAUUAUAAGAGAAAUGAUUUCUCUUCUACACUACACAAGUUUUAUUGAACAAUAG